UCGCUGCUGGAUCCGCGCGCAGUGAGUGGCGUCUAGCAGCAGGAAUUUGGGGAGUGGAAAUUCCGCUGUUACUUUCACGGCUCGCGUCGUGUUGCUGACAUUUGUGCUGUGACGGCCAGUCAGUCAGUCGCUGCGAGCGGAGAGAGGCGGAGAGAGAGCUGGACUGAAAUAAGGAGUAAAAGAUCUGGAGAGCAGCGCUCCGAUGUUCCUCGCGACUGGUUUUCUCUGAAUACCGGUUAACUACAGAUUUGCCUUUUUUAAAAUUUUCCACUUGGAGGUAUCGAUCCUGUUUUGCAUCACAAGUGAGAGGUUUGAUAAAGAAUCGAGGGCGCACAGCUGCCACUUCUGGCGAGAGGAUUUUUUCCUUUUGAACCGUCUUGUUUUCUGCUUUUGGAUUAUUUUUUAUUUUUCCAGGAGAUGGCAAGUUGUUCCCUGACAGACGCAGGGAUCUGCUGCUGAAGCUCGCAGGAUGCUGGGGACCCUACAACAACCAGAUCUCUUACUUUGAGACAAUCCUCGCUUAUUUUUUUUCUUUUGGACGUAAACCCCCCUGGACGUUUUUCCUCCACCUCCUGUUUGAUUUAUUUUCUUUCACAGCAUGUCUGUGUUGUACAAUCUAAGGAUGCGUAGUGGAUUGCUAUUGUUCCUUUUCACCCAAGUCAUCUUGGUUGCUGCGUUGACUCAGACUGAUAAAUGCGGGGGGAAUAUAGAGAUACACACCGCGGACUACCUGACCUCCCCGGGCUAUCCCGGCGCCUACCCGCCCUCCCAGCAGUGCGUGUGGGUGAUAACAGCCCCCGAGCCCGGCCAGAAGAUCCUCAUCAACUUCAAUCCGCAUUUUGAUCUGGAGGACAGAGACUGCAAGUAUGACUACGUGGAGGUUUACAACGGCGGUGACGAGCUUUCACCCAUGUUGGGAAAGUUUUGUGGGAAGAUUGCACCGUCUCCAAUCAUCUCCAGCGGCAGCCAGCUCCUCAUCAAGUUCGUCUCUGACUACGAGACACACGGGGCGGGAUUCUCUGUGCGCUACGAGGUCUUCAAGACAGGUCCAGAAUGUUCCAGGAACUUUACGGCUCCCAGAGGCGUCAUCAAGACGCCGGGCUUCCCCGAGAAGUACCCCAACAACCUGGACUGCACCUUCAUGAUCUUCGCCCCCAAGAUGUCUGAGAUUGUGGUGGAGUUUGACAGUUUCGACAUGGAGCCCGAUACCACGCCACCGCCAGGCGCCCUCUGCCGAUACGACUGGCUGGAGAUCUGGGACGGCUUCCCUGCAGUGGGCCCCCACAUUGGCAGAUACUGUGGCCAGACGUCUCCGGGCCGUGUGAUCUCCUACACGGGCAUCCUGUCCAUGACCAUCACUACUGACAACGCCAUCGCCAGAGAGGGUUUCUCCGCAAACUACACCAUCCGUGAGAGGAGCCUCCCCCUGGGACACGAAGAUGAGGAUUUUGCUUGCAUGGAGCCACUGGGCAUGGAGUCAGGAGAAAUUUCCUCUGACCAGAUCAGCGCCUCCUCCCAGUAUAACUCUAACUGGUCCCCCGAACGCUCACGUCUCAACUACCAGGAGAACGGCUGGACGCCAUCAGAUGACACCGUCAGGGAGUGGAUACAGGUGGACUUGGGAUUUCUCCGAUACGUCACAGCCAUCGGGACGCAGGGAGCGAUCUCCAAAGAAACAAAGAAGCACUACUUUGUUCGCUCGUAUAAAGUGGACCUGAGCUCCAAUGGAGAGGACUGGGUCACUGUGAAGGAGGGCUCAAAGCAGAAGAUUUUCCAGGGGAACCACAACCCGACAGACGAGGCUCGCUCCUUCCUCCCCAAACAGACUCUGGCUCGCUACAUCCGUGUCCGCCCCAUGUCCUGGGAGCAAGGCAUCUGUAUGCGCUUUGAAAUCUACGGCUGCAGAACAUCAGACUACGCCUGUUCAGGGAUGUUGGGGAUGGUGUCAGGUCAGAUCUCAGAUGCUCAGAUCAGCGCCUCGUCGUUUGCCGACCGGGGCUGGGUGGCUGAAAACGCCCGGCUGUUGACAGGGAGAUCAGGCUGGACCGGGCAGCAAACCAAGCAGCCCUUCAGAAACGAGUGGCUGCAGGUGGAUCUGGGCCAGGACAAGAUGGUAAGCGGCGUGGUGAUCCAGGGAGGCAAACACCGUGACAGGAACGUCUUUAUGAAGAGGUUCAGGGUGGGACAUAGCCUGGACGGAGAGGAGUGGACCAUUGUUAAGGAGGACAAUACUACAAAGCCCAAGAUAUUCUUGGGAAAUCAGAACCACGAUACCCCAGAGCUGAGGUCGAUGGGUCCCCUCCUGACCCGCUUCGUCAGGAUCUACCCAGAGAGAGCCACCAUGGAGGGCCUGGGCCUCCGACUGGAGCUGCUGGGCUGUGAACUGGACGACAUCACGACUACAGCACCUCCCACCACACCCAUCGCUUCCACACUUCCCAUGACCACAUUCGGAGCGACUACCACAGCACCGAUCACCAUCCCCGGCACCACCAUGUCCACAGACUGUGAGGAAGGACAGGACUGCGGCGGUGAAACUGAUGCUCCUGAUGACUACGACACUGUGACGGUGGGAGGCACCAUGGCGGCCGACCCCAUCAUGGACUUCAUACCAGCGUACGUGUGGUUCGCCUGCAACUUUGACUUCUCCUCAUUCUGCGGCUGGACCGGAGAGCCCGGGACGGGGGCCGAGUGGCUCAUCCAGACCAACGGGGCUCCCACCAUCCACAGAGGGCCGACCCUCGACCACACAGGCGGACCAGGGAACUUCAUCUACAUGCAGCUGGGUGACACAGACACGCCGAGUAAAACAGGCGAAGAUGAUGGUGAAGAGGAGAAGGUGGCAAGGUUGGCCAGCCUGCCCAUCACUGCGCCGGACGCCGACCUGUGCAUGUCCUUCUGGUAUCACAUGUUUGGUGAACACGCGGGAGCACUUCACAUCAAACAGAAGAAGGAGGCGGAGGGAGGGCAGUUAUUGUGGACGGUCAGCGGGCACCAGGGCAGUCGGUGGAGGGAGGGGAGAGUCUUACUGCCACACUCCAGUGUCUCAUAUCAGGUGGUCGUGGAAGGCGUCGCAGACAGUCGCAGUGCAGGUCACAUAGCUGUGGACAACAUCCAGAUCAUAGAUGGACUCAGUGCUGAGGACUGCAAGGAUCCAGAAGCUCCUACGUCUCCGCCAACUGAGAUUUUCAUCCUACCGAUGGACUCCCUCUCACAGGAUAACAGCGAGCUGGGCGGCCCGGGAAACAUGCUGAAGACCCUGGACCCCAUCCUCAUCACCAUCAUCGCCAUGUCCGCACUGGGCGUCUUCCUGGGCGCCAUCUGCGGCGUCGUCCUGUACUGUGCCUGCUCUCAGGGCAGCAUGACAGACAGGAACUUAUCCGCCCUGGAAAACUAUAACUUUGAGCUGGUGGACGGCGUGAAGCUAAAGAAGGACAAGAUGAAUGGACAGACUAACUAUUCAGAGGCGUGAGGGUGAGAGGGAGUCGGGGCACGCGACUGCUCCGCAUGGACAUGUUGAUGCAGCCAAUCAAGUGGUAGGAACACGGAAAGGGGCUGAAGCCACCAAUGGGACGGCAGGGUGGGCUGAAAGUGAGCCAAUGUAAUUUUUUUCUCAGGAGCGGCAGUGGAAGGGACUGACCUGUAGGGGGCACUGUGUAAAAAGAAUCUGUACAGCAAAAAAAAAAGAAGAAGAAAACUAAGGAUUCUAUUUGUUUUUCGGUGUGCUUUGUUGAUUUCAUGUAAUCACAUGCUGGUGUUGAGACCAAUUCAGAUGAAAGUAUCGUUUGUGUACUUUUAUGGAAAGACUUUUUUUGUUGUUUUUCUUGUCUUGUUUUCAGAUGUCAUAGUUUCACAGAGAGAGUGGAGUCGUGAAAUUUGCUAUUCUGAUAACUGGCGCUUUAGCUGGCCAUAUACGUAUGUCCCUGUGAGUGCGUGUGAAAGUGUGUGUGGGCACAUGUGUCACAUUCAUAAACAGUACAUCUGCAUUUAAGGUGUGUGUGUAUGAUUGCGUCUGGCUGUAGGUAUGUGCGCACGCAUUGCACUCAUGUUUAUCUGUAAACAUGAGAUGCAUGCAUCUUUGUGUGUGUGUGUGUGUGUGUGUGUGUGUGUGUGUUUGCGUGUGUGUGUGUGAGAAGCAGCGAUCUGCUAACCUGUGUCUAGUUCCAACAGUGCCUUUUUUUUCCUCCAGUUUUUCUGUUGCCUUGUUUUUCUGCUGGUUUUUUUCUCAUCGG